CAAAUUUUUCAACGAACAUUGUCUUUUCUGUGCUUGUCAGAGUCACACCAUCCAAUAUACAAAAUUGUCUUUUAAAUUAAACUUAAAAAUCCAAACUGUUUAUUUUUGAAUUUAUUCGUUCAUAUAGUGAAAAAUAGUCAUUAAAAUGGAAAAUCGUUUGAAGAGCUACAAAAACAGUUCACGAAACGUGGAUGAUAUUCGUAGUCGUCGAAAUGACGUCACAAUUGAACUGCGUAAAUCGAAAAAAGACGACCAAAUGAAUAAGCGCCGGAACAUUGAUAUAAAUGCAACGUCACCACUGAAAGAAAACAAUUCACCGGCAUCGCCCACCAUUGGUUUGUACUCGUCGUUGGAGGAAAUAAUCACGCAUAUGCGAUGCAAUGAUUCAACAUUGGUUCAUCGUGCCACACAAGCUGCACGUAAAAUGCUCAGUCAAGAACGCAAUCCGCCAAUCGAUAAUCUAAUCUAUCAUGGAAUUGUACCGAUUUGCGUUGGUUUUUUGGAAUCGGAAAGUCCGGAUUUGCAAUUCGAAGCAGCAUGGGCCUUGACAAACAUUGCAUCGGGCACUUCGGAUCAAACAAUUCAAGUGGCCAAAGCGGGUGCAAUUCCGAAAUUCGUAAAUUUACUGAAGUCGAAGUCACUUAACGUAGCUGAACAGUCGGUAUGGGCAUUGGGUAACAUUGCUGGUGACGGAUCAAGCACACGGGAUGAGGUCUUGAAACACAAUACUGCUGAAGUUUUGUUGGAAAUUCUACAAGAAGAACAACCGUUGUCGUUUUUGCGUAAUAUCGUUUGGUUGAUGUCGAAUUUGUGCCGAAAUAAGAAUCCAGCGCCACCAGCUGAUAAAGUCAAGCUCAUGUUACCGGCAUUGGCACGAUUCUUGCUACACUUCGAUACCCAAAUUUUGACUGAUGCGGCUUGGGCGAUUAGCUAUGUGACUGAUGAAGACAGCGAUCGUAUUCAGGCUGUCAUCGAUACUGGCUGUGUACCACAUUUGGUUAAACUGUUGGACCACAUCGAGAAUUCAAUUGUCGUGCCAGCACUUCGAUCUGUGGGCAAUAUUGUCACUGGAAACGAUCAUCAGACUGAUACGGUAAUCGGUGCUGGUGCGUUGAAGCAUAUGCGAAAAUUGUUAAAGAGUCCACGUAACAAUAUUGUGAAGGAGGCCGCUUGGACGAUAAGUAACAUCACCGCGGGCAAUCCAUCGCAAAUAAAUCACGUGCUCCAAGAAGGUCUGUUCGAUGAUAUUCGUGAUGUGUUGGUUGGUGGCGAAUUUCGUUCGCAAAAAGAGGCCGCAUGGGUAAUCACCAACGUCACAUCGAGUGGAAGUGAGGAGCAAGUCUUCUAUUUAAUCGAAAAGGUCAACAUUCUCAAACCGUUCUGCGAACUUAUGGCAUCCAGAGAUGCACGCUGUGUCUUAGUCAUUUUGUCUGGCUUGAAGAAUCUAUUGGCGCUUACCGAAAAGAAAGGACAUUUGGAAAGGUUCCAAGAACUAUUCCAAGAGGUGGGCGGAAUUGAUUUGCUGGAGAAAUUACAAGAGCACGAAAAUCAAGAAGUCUAUGAAAAUGUCACUCAAUUGAUCGACAAAUACUUUAAUGAUGGUGACGAUGAGGCUGAAAACUUGGCACCCAAAGAUGUGAACGGAGCACUCGAAUUCAAUUCGGACAACACCAAACCGAAUGGGUUUGCCAAAUUCAAUUUCUGAAGACUGAAUCAUAAUCGUCUGGCGCGCAUUCGACAACCAACAAUAAUAUUGUAGCUACAAACUGCCGAGCAUACGAAUCGCGCAUCCAUCAAGUUAUUGUAUUAAUUUCAUUCUAAAUUGGUCAUUAUUUAAGAGAAAAAGUGGAGGAAAAAAAUUCCCAUUAAUUAUACAUAUAUUUUUAUGAAUCGUUCAUUAUUCCUCAUUAUUAAAAUAAAGUAAGAGAAACAAAAAAAACAGCAUAAAAGAUCGAAAAUAAAAUAAGAGCAAUCACAACAAAGACUGUUUUGUA